GGUGACUCAACCACCUCCCUGGGGAGCCUAUUCCAGUGCUUCACAACUUAACAGUGCCCUUUCUGUAAAGAAGUGUUUCCUGAUAUCCAACCCUGGCGCAACUUGAGGCCAUUUUCCCUCACCCUGUCACCUAUCAAAAUGAAGAUCACAUUUUAUCCUAUUGCGUAUUUUUAUUCUAUCGCUCCAUAUAUGGUUCUGAAAUCAGAUUUUAUAUUCCCCAUAAUCAGUAGUCUCCACCAGCUUUCAUUUCUAGAAUUUUAUAAUGGCAGCCAAUCAAGAGAAGUAAACAGACACUUGAGUGAUUCCGUAGUUGCAGUUUUAUUACACUGUGUCCUGUUUGUCAGCAAUAAUGCAACACAUGAGGGCAGAUUCCAAUUUGACUGGAAAAAUGAAUGUUUUGUAUUGCUUUCUGAAGCAGUAUAUAUAGAAUCUCCAUUCAGCAGAUAUUGUAAAGAUAAAUGUCAUUCCAUGUUUUUGUAUUCAAUUUUCUGGUUAAAAAUAGUUCCUAUUACUGUUAUGUGUUACUGCUCUCCUUUGAGUACUCAUACAUAUGCUGAGUAUUAAAUGCAAGAUGCAAAACAUGUAAACAUGAAGUGAUUUAUUUUGCAAUUGAACAGUGAUCUAAAGUCAAUACAUUUGUUCCUAAGUUGGAUUCUUUCCAAAUAUGAGAUAUUCAUGAAAGUGUUUGCAUUAAAUCUUUAAGAUAAUAUAAAACACAUCUGAAUUCAAUUGAGAACUAUCUUUAUAAAUUUAUACCACAGCUGCGUUUGGUGAAUGAUUUCAGUUUGAGCCACACAAAUCAUGACUUCUCAAAGCUAACUUAAAGGCUGAGACUGAUAUCAGUUUAAUAUUCAUAUCAUUCAGGAAAAAAGUGUUUGUGUUACAGGUGACUUCGGAAGUUAUUGCAAUGGAAGACAUUAAAAAUACUUUUACAUUAUUCAUCCUAGACUCACUUUGUGCUACACAAUGAAUAUAAACCAACUGAUCUGUUUCUUCUAAGCUGUCCAUAGCUCUUAUAGGAACAGAUACCAACUGCCACAGAGUUAUCUAGAUAGAUCUGUGCCUGUGACGGGGGGGGGGGGGCAGUAGGCUCGCGGGCCCCCCUGGCUUCCCAAAAAAAAAAAAAAAAAAAAUGGAGCAGCAGCAAUGGUCUAAGAAGGAGAACUUAUUUUACUAACUAUGAUGUCGGAAUGCAAGAUGACAAGAUAUAAUACAAUCUAAUUGGAAGUAAGGAUAAAAAAUCAAAUAAAUCAGAGAGCGAAAGAGCGAUAGAGAGGGAGAGAGAGACAGAGAGUGAGAGAGUUUCCGAAACCGAAAGCCCUACUUGAUGAAGGCGCACGGCAUGGAAGCACACCCACUCCUCUCCCUGGCAGCAAGCGAAACUGAAAAAGACCGCGCGCAACCAGAUGACGUAUCUUCCGUGAUGUAUCUUCCUUCUCUGACCGUGAGGUCCUCUGGGAUACGUAGUUCUUAUUCUCUUUUGUCCAUGAAGUUAUGACGUGGAAUAUCAAUAGCAAAGAUACAAAACCAUGACACCAACAUGGGAAGUUGAAUUUUUAUAUAUGCAUUACAAAGCUGCUAUUCUUUUCUGUGUCUUCAUGUAUGUAUUUGUUCCAAAAAUGUUUAGAAGUGAAACUUAGGCACAGAAUUGAUCUCACAGGGUUCUUAAAAAUCUGUAUAUCAAAGGCACUUGGAAAAACAUUUGUCUAAUGAUAACAAAAGCACAAUUCUUUCUGACUUUGAGAUUUAAAUCCAGGGAGCAGAUCCAUGGACACAUGAGCUAAUAGAACAUGAUCAUCAUAGGAUCAUAGGACCAGCCCAAGGCACGUCAUUCUCUGUGAGGCGACACUCCUCGCUGUGAUGUCACAGUUGUUGCCUCCUACACCCCUGUGGCAGCGGUGGGAGCGGUGGCUCAGUCUCUUGCGAGAGGCGCAGGAAGAGGACCCAGAGAGAGCAUUGUGUCUACCUGGAGAUUUCCUGCUGUGAUGGAGCGGCUGAGAGCCCUUCGAGGUCUCUUUGCCUGUGUGGGCUGCGUGCCCAGAGGUACACGUCGCAGGGCCAGAGGCAGGGUGGCAAGCCCUGUCCCUGCCUGUGCUGUGACUUUGCUGCUGCAGCGCCUGCAAGACCAGGAGGUGAGCUGGGGACAUCCAACCACCAGUCCUUGCCCUGGCCCAGUGCCACGGUCCCGUGGGUGCCAGGCCGCGGCAGCACACUGGCAUGGCGGGCAGCUCCCCGGGAAGAAGGGCAAAGCAAAACGGGACUGAUCUCUGUCCCCAGGGUGACCGAGCGCAGGCGUACUGCGAGCUGGAGCACGUCCUGCGGGAAGGUGACAGCCGCCCGCCAUGCGGAGUGCUGAACCGGCUGCUGGCUGAGGUGUCCCAGGACCUGACAGCAGCCCAGGGCGUGCCAGACAGCGUGAGGAUGGCUGCCAGCAAUGUCCUGGUGGCUCUGGCCCGGACACACUUCACCUUGGUGAUGGCCGAGCUCCAGAGCCACCUGAAGGCCAUGGGGGAGAUGUCCAAGGAGUUUGUGCUCGUCACCCUGAGCAAACUGUUCACCAGCUACGCUCCACAGUGCAUCUCCUUCGUGUGGCUGACGCUGGCCGGCCUGCGCAGUGUGGUGGGCUGGGUGAGAGGCGGCCGGACCCUGCGCAUUGCUUGUGCUGUUGUGAAACAAUGGCUGGAAGGAGUCAAGGUUCACUUGUGCUCCGGAAAGCAAUGCCCCUGGCCUGCCAAGGAGAUCCAGCAGAUCUACCAGAAUCUUUCCCAGCUCUUCUGCUCUGUGCUGAGGCACUGGCAGGACUGCAAGGAGGAAAAGGACAAACAGGCCGUCCUCGGGGCCGUGGCUACCAUGAUGGCUGUCCUCCUGCAAGAGGAGCUGCGCCGAGAGCACGUUUGGGAGCAGCUCCUCUGGCUCGUGCGCCUGUAUCAGGAGGUCCAAGACACCUGCAGGGGGACCAAGAGCCUCAAUAUCUUCCUGGAGGCCUUAGAGGGAGUGCAAUCGGUCAUCCCGAAGGACAAGUUUCUGGCCAUCACCAGUGCCGUGUUCUACCACCUCUCUGAUGACACCAAGGAGCACAGCGAGGCGGACAGAGCAGAGCUGACCCACUGCAUCCUGCUGCAGGCCCGGAUCUGCCCAGAGGAGACGGUCCAGUUUCUGCAGUCACAGCUGGGCGCUGACAGGGAGGCUGGACGCGUGGCAGCCCUGGGUCUGCUCGGUGCUCUGGCUCGCUCUGAUGAGCCCGUGAUGGCAAAGAAGCUGCCCCAGGUUGUGGAGGCUGUGCAGUGUCUGUGCAGCGACCCCAGGACCCAGGUGAGGAGGGCCAUUCUGCUCUUCAUCAAGGAUGUGCUCAGUGCUAACGCCCGGAGCUGCUCAGCCUGGGAUGUGGUGGGGCACAUCUUCAGUGAGUUCAGCCGCACCGCGGGAAGAAGGGCAGCCGGAGACCUUUCUGCCCAGGAAGCCCGGGAAGAAGGAGCUCUCCAAGAGCUGUGUAUGGACAUCCUGGGGUCACUGGAUGUCUCUGUGAGCGGGAUGACCAAACUCGUGUGGCCACGGCUGCUGCUGUACGUGGUGCCAGCCCAGUACACCGGCAUGCUGAUCCCGGUCUCCCGCUGCGUCCAAGCGCUGGCUGAGAGAGGGGACCUGAUGGUGCGGGAGGUAGAAGACCUGGAUCCCCAUUUCCUCAGCUCCAUGUUCCAAGGCCCACUGCUGACUCCCCAGACACUGCUGGCACGCCUGUUGGUGGUGGCAGGGAGCCCUUUUGCAGGCAGCGAACUCCAAGCCGCUGCCUUGCUCCUCAUGCUGAACCUCCACAGCAAGAUCCACAGAGCUGUGGGGGCCAUGUGGGCCACUGAGAUCCCCCUGCUGCUGCAGUGCCUCGAAGGGAAAGAUGAGAGCUUCCCGGACUCUGCAGGGUGGGAGCAGCGCCUGCUAAAGUUCCUGAGGGCAUCAUUGGGCACCAUGGAGGAUGAGGCCUGGACCAAGGGCCUGAGCUGCGAGCUGAGCCGGUGGCUGAGCAGCUCUCCCAGCAGCUCUGGAGAAAAGUCUUUCCUGUACAAGGCUCUGGGGACAGUGCUGGGAGCUUGUAAGGAAGUCCUCCACAUCCAAGAGAAGCUUCUGCAACACCUGGAGGAAGCAAACGCGGAGGAGCCCUCUGAGGCCCAGGGCAUGAUCUCUCUUCUCAGCCAUGCUGCUGAGAGCAACUUCCACACAGCCCUGGACACGCUCACCAUGUUUGCGUCCAGGCUGUGCAGAGGCCAGAAUGGGAGGAGUUCCAGACGCAAGAAGAUGGAGCUGGACAGCAGAAGAGCUCAGGCCACCCGCAGCGCUCUCAUCCUCGCCCAUGGCAGCUUGGCACUGCGUGCCUCCAAAGAACAGCUGCUCGCCCGCCUGGAGGGAGACAUCGUGGGCAACAUCCUGCUGCUCUACAGCUGCAGCUGCCGGGACCUGCAGAAUACGCUUGCGCUGGUGCAGAGCAUCACAGACUUCAGCUCUGCCUUCCAAGCUGUGGGUGGCUCUGCCUGCUUUAACCCCUCCUUGAAGGGCAAGCUGCUGGAGAUCCUGACGGAGUUGCUGAAGAAGUAUUACUUGGGCACCCCUGUCUCCCCAGUGCCCCUCAAGGUGGUUCUGGCCCUGGAGCAGUUGAGCAAGCUGAAGCCCUCCUUAGGAGCCAAGGACAUGUGUGACAUGCUGAGUCUGUGCUGCAAGAAUGUUGUGUUGCACCCUUCAGUGGAGAUGAUGCUGAAGAUCAGGAAGUCACAGCAAGCAGCUCAGUACCUGCAGCUUCUGCAAGCAUCACUGAAAGCUCUGGGCCGGCUCAUGGUGGUCCUGCUCGAGACAGAGACCAGUGGCUUCUUCCAGAACAUAGUCCAUAGAUCAAUGACGUCAGACAACAUGUGGGAGCGCAAGAGGGCCCUGCAGAUCUGCUCCCAGCUGCUGGCUGCUUGUGAAGAGCGUGGAAGAGGAGACGCCUGCAAGCACUUUGGCUCCUUGGUGGGAUUGCUGGCACCUCUGACGUGUGACCCCAUGCCCACAUCCCGCCAGCUGGCUGUCACCUGUCUGAGCUCCCUUCUCCGAAUUCAAGCUAAGGCGACCAACGGAGUCAUCCAGACAGGAGACAUCGGGAGCCUGUGUGAGGGGCUGAAUGACCGCCGCACCGUCUGUCAGCUCCAGACCUCUUCCAAAAUCGCGCGGACUGUGUACAGGAACUUCCCCCUGGAAGACACCAUUGACUUCAUGAUGGCCAUCAAGGACACCUUCCGGAAGGCCAAAGGAAUGCGUGUGCGUGCUGCGGGGAGGUGGCUGAUCACCUUUCUGCAGAUGCAUGGAAAGGACAUCUGUCGGGACGUGCCACUGACCAACUACAUCCUGCGCAGCUGCACGUCGUCCCCGCAGCACAGCACGUUCAUGCCAUUCCUGUCCCAGGCGGUGGUCAUCCUCACCCGCUGUCAGGCAGGCAUCACAACUGACAGCUUCUUUCCGGCUGCUUUGAGCCCACAGACAGUGAGACAUGGAGGAGAAUAAGAGCGUUUUGUCUUCAAUGGUGGAGCCGAGAGAAGAAAAAAAAAAGAGGAAAGAGAAGGAAAGGAAAAAUGAAAAAGGAAAAAGGAAUAAGGAAAAACGGAACGGGAGGAAAAGAAGAGAG